AUGGCCAUUCCUAACGGGUCUCUCUUCGAUGACGAUGGAAUAGACUACAGCGAUAUCGAAGCAAAAUAUCGCGUUGAAGAGGAAGACGGAUUUGACAACAUCCUGAUCGUGGAUGGUGUUCCGGUCAUUGAUGAGAGCAAACGGGAGAGGUUGUUGACCAAGAUUGCCAAGGAGUUUGGGCGCAAAGGAGCGCCCAUCAAGCCUGACAGUAUCUUCCUGCCCUGGGAUGAAGCUAAGGGGAAGAGUAAAGGCUAUAUCUUUAUCGAGUUCCCGACUCCCGAUGAGGCCUCGUUCGCGCUUGAAGCGAUGGACGGUCAUCCUUUCGACACUAAGCACACGUUCAGUGUGAACCGUUUCAGCGAUGUCGAAAAGUACGCCAACAUGGACGAGACUUACGUUGAACCGGAGAAAGAGGAAUAUACGCCCCGCGAACACCUUCGUGCCUGGCUGGCGGAUCCUCAGGGUCGGGAUCAGUACGCCACGUACCGGGGAGAUAACGUAGAGAUACAUUGGCACGGCAAACCGUCUCAGAGCGAAAUCGCUUACGAGAAGAAUGGCUGGACGGAGCUUUAUGUAUCUUGGUCGCCUCAAGGAACAUACUUGGCGACCCUGCACCGCCGAGGUGUGCAGUUAUGGGGUGGUCCUUCCUGGAACGUCCAGCAGCGAUUCGCUCACCCAUUGGCGCGCCUCGUCGAUUUCUCUCCAUGCGAAAACUACCUCGUCACUUGGUCACACACACCUAUUUCGAUCCCAGAGGGUGCUGCUCAAGGACCGGAGUAUUUCUCCCCUGACGAUGAGGGCAACAACAUUGCAGUAUGGGACAUCAAAUCCGGUCAUCUUCUCCGGACCUUCCCCGACAUUCUCCUCGAAGGCGAGGACGGCCAGAAGAAACAGAUGACAUGGCCACCCAUGAAAUGGAGCUCUGACGACAAAUUCGUCGCUCGUGUCACGCCAGGACAACAGAUCAGCGUUUACGAGCUGCCGAGCAUGGGUCUUCAGGGCAAGAAGAGUAUAAAAGUCGAGGGCGUCGUCGACUUCGAGUGGUGCCCUCUUGGAGACAAGGAUCGCGAGGAAGCUGAGAAGGAGGCAGCUGCCAUCGCCAGCGGUGCCAAAAAGGGUACCUCCAAAGUUCGGGAAAAUAUCAUCGCUUUCUGGCAGCCAGAGGCGUCCAAUCAACCAGCUCGUGUCACGCUGAUGAGUUUCCCUGGUCGAACUGUUCUCAGGCAGAAAAAUCUAUUCAACGUGUCUGACUGCAAGCUUCACUGGCAAAACCAGGGAGAUUCGCUUUGCGUCAAGGUCGAUCGGCAUACGAAGACCAAGAAAUCGAUAUUUUGCAACUUAGAAAUCUUCCGCGUUCGCGAGAAGAACAUCCCAGUCGAAGUUGUGGAGCUUAAAGACACUGUCUUGGACUUCUCUUGGGAGCCCAGAGGCGAUCGCUUUGCAAUAGUGUCGAGCAACGACCCUAAUCUUGGCAACCCUGGUCCUGGCGUCACGAUCAAGACUGACUUGAGCUUCUACCAGCUUGACGCUAGUAAGGGCGACUUUAAAUUGCUUCGUACUCUCCCCAACCGCACAAGUAACACGAUCCGGUGGUCACCCAAAGGUCGCCACGUCGUCCUCGGCACCGUAGGCUCUUCAAGCAAAUCGGAGCUCGAGUUCUGGGAUCUAGACUUCAAUAGCGACCAGCUCAAAGAGGGACAGAAGGGUGAAUGGGGUGCUGGCAUUCAGCACAUUGGCACUGCCGACCACUACGGGGUGACGGACGUGGAAUGGGAUCCGAGCGGGCGCUACCUCGCUACCAGCGCCAGCGCCUGGAGACAUACACUUGAGAACGGCUACGCGAUCUGGAGCUUCCGCGGAGAGGAGGUUGAAAAGCAUAUUCUGGACCGCUUCAAACAGUUCCUCUGGCGCCCGCGCCCGCGCACCCUCCUUUCGAAAGAGCAGCAGAAGCAGAUUCGCAAAAAUCUUCGUGAAUACGGGCGCAGGUUCGAGGAGGAGGACGAACUCGAAGAGAGCAAAGGCUCUGCAGAGCUCAUUGCUCUUCGCAAGCGGCUUGCGGAUGAGUGGAACGCAUGGCGCGCUCUCUGCAGGGAAGAUCUCGCAGAAGUGCGCCAAAAGAAAGGCAAGAAUGGCUCUGAACCUGCCGAGCACGCGGAAGAGGAGAAGGAAGAAAUUGAGUUGUGGAUCGAUGAGGUGAUCGAACAGACAGAGGAGGAGGUUGCCGAGUGAUAUGUUCAUACCCCUGUGUAUUGACAUGCACCAUCAGUCUUUUUUGUUCCCAAUUUCGACGCCUGUGCAAAAUCUGCGUCGCCCAUAGCUGUACGCCCUGUCAUGCAUGCUCACGCGGCAUAUAUAC